ACAAUUAUAAUUGACCGUCAAACCACCGAAAGCCAUUACUGCGUUCAUUAGGCAGUAAUCAGUAUUGUCACUGCAGUCAACUUGUGUAGUUCAAUUUCAGUUGCGAUUUAUUUUUAUUACGUACAUGUUCGUCCGAUUAUACAUUUUAAUUAAAUUAAUUGUGUAAUUUUUUUACAAUGAAACGCUGUUUAGAAAAUAACGACUCCACCAUGAACGAUCAAAAUCAAGGCGCUUCGUGUUCUAAAAGUAAAUCAACACAUAUUAAUAAAUGUCUUACAAAAAAUGCUGUUGAAUCUGAAGCUCAAAUUAGCUCAAUUUAUGAAACUACAGAUUCCUAUGAUGAUACUAGUGAUACUAGUGAUACUGAAAAAAAAUUUAAAAAAAAUGAAAAACGAACAGAUUAUCUAAGCUGGGAUGAUCUUUUUAUGGCCAUUGCAUUUUUGACAGCCAAAUGCAACAAAGAUCUUAAAAAAAAAGUUGGUGCUUGUAUUGUUGAUUCGGACAAAAAAAUCGUAGGCAUAGGUUAUAACGGAAUGCCUACUGGAUGUAACAAUGGAAACUUUCUUGAUCAUAAAUUUGCUCGUUAUUUUGAAUGCCACGCUGAAAUGAAUGCUAUACUUAAUAAAAACUCUAUACACAUACAAAACUGUACCAUAUUUGUAUCUCUUUAUCCAUGUAGUGAAGCCGCAAAAAUUAUUAUUCAAUCAGGUAUCAAAGAAGUAGUGUAUAUGCCAGAUCUAAAAUCAUCCAAAGAUCAAGCCACUAAAAAGAUGUUUGAUGCAUCGGGUGUCGAAAUCAGAGAACACACGCCAAAUCAGAAUAUUAUAAUUAGUUUUCCCAAAUUAGAUAGUCCGGUAGUUGAUUUAAGCAGGAAUCUUUUUAUGGCUAUAGCAUAUUUGACGGCUAUGCGUAGUAAAGAUCCUGUAUGUCAAGUUGGCGCUUGUAUCGUUAACUCGGACAAUACAAUUGUAGGCACAGGAUAUAAUGGAAUGCCUACAGGAUGUAACGACGAUGAGUUUCCAUGGGGUAAUAAUAAGAAUUUGACAUUAAACAAAUUUAUUUAUGUAUGCCACGCUGAAAUGAAUGCUGUGUUUUAUAAAAGCUCUAUGAUUAAUGUAAAAGAUUGUACCUUGUAUGUAACUCGUUUUCCAUGCAUUGAAUGUGCAAAGAUAAUUAUUCAGUCGGGUAUCAAAGAAGUAGUGUAUUUGACGAAUCCGAAAUAUGGUAAAGGGAAAGAUACAGCCACUAAAGAUCUAUUUAAAGCAUCAGGUGUAAAAAUCUAUGCACACAAACAAAAUUUGGAUAUCACACUUGAUUUUUCAAAAACUACUUAAUACUCCAGACAAUUCAUAUUAUAAACAAUUGUAUUCAAUAUAUAUUUAACUUAAAAUAUGAUUAACCUUUUUAUA